AUGUGGCAGUCGCUUUAUGUCCCUGAAGAAAUCCAGAAGGCUAUUGGAGAACUAGGUUUUGAAGAGCCGUCUCCAAUUCAGAGAGAGGUGCUUCCCUACGCAAUCCGUGACUAUGCGGACAUUCUUGGGUCGGCUCCAACAGGAAGUGGCAAAACUCUUGCUUUCGGUGUUCCUCUUUUGACACGUGUCCAGGAAGCCAAACGUCAAUUUGCCGAAAGGCAGCAGGAUCAUACGCUUGAUGAGCGACCUACACAGCUUCAGCCUUCGAAAAAGGCCAAAAAGCGUCGACGUGAGAAGAACCAAGGGCUGACCGAAUUGGAAGCCGAGUCGGAUCGUCUAGAUCGAAAACGUCGAAAACAGUUUGACCAACUCUCCGUCAUUGAGGAGCUCGAUCCGGAUACCAUGCAAGUGGUUCGGGCCCACGACAUCUCCAGGCAGGCGGUGGAUCUCGUGGAGGGUCCAGACGUCACUGGGACACAUGUGUCCGGUGAUGUCGCCGCUUGUGUUCGCGGUCUAGUCAUCCUACCCACCCGUGAGCUCGCUCUCCAGCUGGCAAGUAGAUAUGAGCCUCUAUCAUUUCAGGUAACUUCACAUAUUCGCGCUCUAGCCAAGUACAUGGCGUCGCCCGGUGUGUCAAUUGAGCCACUUGUUGGUGGGAUAUCCAUACAAAAGCAGGAACGCCUUCUGCGCCAGCGCCGUCCCGAUGUCAUCGUCGCUACACCCGGUCGCCUCUGGGAGUUUAUUCAACAGGUGAGUCCUUGGUGUUGCUGCGUCUCCUUUUCGUUGGUGUCGCCCUCUUCAACGUCGUGGCCUUUUCUUCAGGAGCACCCACAACUCGCCUCAAUGCCUCGCACCCUAUCCGUGGUGGUGUUUGAUGAGGCCGAUCGCCUGGUGGAGUCGCAGCACUUCGCCGAAUUGGGCUCCAUUCUGCAGUUCAUCAAGAAGCCCGACCAAGGCGCACGACGUCAGACCCUCGUGUUUUCGGCCACUCUCACUUUUGUCCACUCGCAUGCCCUGAUGCCGGGCGCGCGUUUCAACAAAGCCGCAAGGAAGUUGGCGCAUGGCAAGAAAAUGGACACCACCAGCAAACUGAGCUUCCUUCGCAACAUCCUGGGCCUGUCUCCGAGCGUCAAGGUUGUCGACCUCUCGUCGUCUGCCCCCCUGCCCACAGCAGUCGACAACGGCGUCACCACGGCCGAGAAGCCGGCGAAGAACCAACAGUCGCAGCCUUCCGCCGCGACGCCAGCUGGAGCGACUGGAAUCCGCAUGCCCGAGGGUCUCUUGGAGUACCGACUGACGUGCGCCAGCCAACCCGACAAGGACACCCUCCUGGUCUGGUUGCUGAUGAGUCGGGUUGCAAAACAUGGACGCAGUCUGAUCUUCGUAAACAGCAAGUCUGGUGCUCGACGACUCUCCGGCGUGCUUCGACAGUGUCCGGACAUCUCGUCGCACCUCUCCAUUAUUCACGCAGACAUGGUCCAGAAACAACGUUUACGCUCACUAGAGCGUUUCCAAGGUAACGUCUCACGCCGAAGCGAGUCGAGCGUGGUUCUCGCUACGGAUGUGGCCGCUCGCGGGCUUGACUUCGCGUCGUGUCCAGUCACGUGGGUGGUGCACUUCGAUGUUCCCCACACCACCGAGGUCUACAUUCACCGAUGCGGACGAACGGCGCGUGCCAACCGUUCCGGGACCAGCGUUAUCCUCCUUGAACCCGGUGAUAUUGUGCGCUGGCGGAAACUCGCGCGCAAUCUGAGCCAUCUGCCGGCAGACGAUGGGGUUCCCGAUUUGCCCGAGCUGAGCCCCGGUCCGAGCACCGAGGAGAUGGCGGUGUUCGGGUCGAUUGUCCAGCUGAUGCGUCAGAUCGACGUGGUGGAGCACAAUGCCUCCAAAAAGGCCGCCAAUCGUGAAUGGUUCCGGCGAACAGCUCGUGAAGCCGACAUUAUCCUGGACUCGGACGUCGACAUCUCAAGCGACGAUGAAACUCCAAGAGCCUCCAAAGGCAAGAAGCGCAAGAACAAGUCCGUCGAAGGUCUUCGACGUUCUCUAAAUUCGCUUAUUUCUGAUUGGAGGCAGCGGAGUAAGAAGGAGAGGCAUCUGGACAACAUGGUGCUGGGCAAGAAAUUGUGCUCCUUCUCCGCAACUGACUGCUUGACUGCCAAAUGA